UAUUGCUAUCUCUCUCUGGCAAAGCAGUGUAUGGUAUAGUUUCGUUGACGCAAUGGCAGCACGUUUUCCGUUCCUCCGCAAAAUCGUCUCGGCAGCCCCGGCAGGUGCACGAGGACUCGCCUCAGGUGUCCAGAAAGUCACACUCAUCCCAGGAGAUGGAAUCGGACCUGAAAUCUCAGCGGCUGUCCAGAAGAUCUUUGCAACAGCCAAAGUACCCAUUGAAUGGGAAUCCGUCGACGUUACUCCAGUUCGGUAUCCGGACGGGAAAUUUGGUAUCCCACCGAAGGCAAUUGAGAGUAUCAAUCGCAACAAGAUUGGUCUCAAGGGGCCCCUGAUGACACCCGUGGGCAAAGGGCAUCGUUCCCUCAAUCUUGCUCUGCGCAAGGAGUUCAAUCUCUACGCAAACGUCCGGCCAUGCCGCAGUCUCGAGGGCUACAAAACCCUCUAUGAUGACGUGGACGUCGUGACAAUCCGUGAGAACACCGAGGGCGAGUACUCUGGCAUUGAGCACGAAAUUGUGGAUGGUGUGGUGCAGAGUAUCAAGCUCAUCACCGAAGAAGCCUCCAAGAGGGUAGCUGAAUUCGCCUUCCAAUAUGCAAAGGACAAUAAUAGAACCAAAGUGACGGCUGUGCACAAGGCAAAUAUCAUGCGUAUGUCUGAUGGGCUUUUCCUGCGAAUGUGUCGUGAGAGCGCUGAAAAGUAUCCGGAUGUGAAAUUUGAGGAGCGCUACUUGGACACGGUGUGCCUCAACAUGGUGCAGGAUCCACGUAAGUACGAUGUGUUGGUGAUGCCGAAUCUCUACGGUGACAUCCUGUCGGAUAUGUGUGCGGGUCUCGUGGGUGGUUUGGGGCUCACACCAUCCGGCAAUAUUGGUCUCAAUGGGGCGCUCUUUGAGUCCGUGCACGGCACAGCGCCCGAUAUUGCGGGAAAGGAUCUCGCCAAUCCCACUGCCCUACUCCUGUCGGCCGUAAUGAUGCUGCGCCACAUGAAUCUGAACACUCAGGCGGAUGCCAUCCAACGGGCGGCCUUUGAGGUCAUCAAGGAGGGCAAAUACCUCACGGGCGACCUUGGGGGGAAGGCCAAGUGCUCAGAGUUCACAAAUGAGAUCUGCGCAAAGCUCUAAAAUGUUCUCAAUUACAUACAUUGUUUAGUUACCAAGCAAAAGAUGAGAGAAUUUAUUCGGCGUAACGUCCACGAGUAUUAUAAUUUGAUUAGCAAAAUAGAGAGAGAAAAAAAAGGAAUUUCUUUUGAGAUUUUUUUGUUGUUGUCUAGUAAAUGAAAAGCAAUUUUAAUUUAUCCAUCCUUCAUUGGAAAACAUCUCAUAUUUUUUUUCUUGAUUUUAUUUUAAAAUAAAUCAAAAUUAUUCUCUCAUUGCAAAAAUUAUUGUUUGAACGAAAAGAAAAAAAAUUCUUUGCAACUCUUUGAAUUGAUUUUUUUUCUCAGUGUUUUCUUUGCAAAAGUUGCAAGAAUUGUUGGCAAUCUAUAAAAUAGCAACAACAAAUGAAAAUAUUUUAAAAUGUAAGAGAGAAAAAAUAAUAAAUUUGACGGCUUUAGAUAGAUACUUAAAAAGAAGAAGAAUAAAAUCAAAUUGUUAUUUAUUGAUUUUACAAUUAAUUCUAUAAAAUAAAAUAGAAAAUAUUAUGUAAUAAAUUAUAUUAGCUCCGUGACACAAAAAAAUAAAUAAAAUAAAUCAUAUUUAUGCCAAAAAUCAUAUAAUAAUUUCGAAGAAAAAAUAAAAGAAUGGUUUUAAAGUCCAA